AAAAUGGGGAGGAGAAAAAUUGAGAUGAAGAAGGUGAUGGACAGCAGCUCCAGGCAGGUGACUUUCUCCAAGCGCAGAACUGGACUUUUUAAGAAAGCUCAUGAGAUUGCUACCCUCUGUGGUGCUGAGGUGGCCAUCGUUGUUUUCUCUCCCGGAGGCAAGCCCUUCUCAUUUGGUAACCCAAAUGUGGACUCAGUAGCAGACAGGUUUCUAAAUCAGGAGGAAGAGGACAACACUGAUGAUCGUGGUGUUCGUCGUUCUGGAAAAGUAGUGGAGAGGCUAAACCAACAGCUCGCCGAUGUUGUGAAGAAUUUGGAGGCUGAGAAGAAAAGGGGUGAGGUGAUUGCUAAGGCACUAGUGAAAGCAGAAACGAAAUGGGGGCUUCCAAUCCAGGAGAGGAGCCAAGGUGAGCUUGUAAAAGUGAAGCAGUCGCUUGAGGAGUUGCGCGAGAGUGUGAAGACAAGAGAGAGUGACAUGGAGGCAUCGUCUUCUUUGCUGCUCCUGGCAAACAAGCCGGUGAAAGAGACUAAGAAGACUGUUGCUAAAAGUGGCUGA